AUGGCGCCUCGGCCCGCCGCCCUGCCGCUGCUUGCGCUGGCGUCCGUCCUGCGGCCGCCCGCGUGCCGCGGCGCGCCGGGGCCGCCUGGGCUGCGGCUCUCGUCCGAGGGCGAGGCCUUGCGCGGCCAUGCGGACAUUCGGGCCGGCGAGGGGGAGCGGCAGGAUGCGCCGUUGGUCAGCUCCGCGGUGGACGUCCCCUCGCUCAAGGUGGCAACGUCGAACGUCCUGAAAGUGGCGACAGAGGGAAAAGCCCCCUGCGACCCGACGGAAAUGCCAGAGUGGGCGAAGGAAGCGUGCGACAAAAACACGCACGUGCGGGUGGAGCUCGUGAGAGGCAUUUCUUACCAUGAAGCAGAGGAGACGGAGGACGACGAGCUCCUGGCUUUCGUGGCGAAGGUGGCGGCCGACCCCGAGGCGGAGGUGCGUGCGGCGCUGGCCUUUGGAUGGUGUCUCAGUUGCGCCGUCGAGAAAGUUCCCUACAAUGGCCUACCCGUGCUCUGGAAGCUGGCGAAGGACUCCAGCUGGACGGUCCGCGUGGCGGUGGCUGGAGGGCCAGCGCUACAGGCGGCCUUUGCAUACAAGCCAGCCGAGUCCUGGGCGGUGCUGGCGAACCUGUCGCGCGACGCCGAUACUGGCCAGGAGGUGUGGGAGGUCCGAGGGGCGGCCAAUUGGGCCCGCGUGCGAUUGGCCCGAGGUAAUUAUAUCUAG